AUGGCUUCGGAUGACGCCCUACCUACGCUCAAGAUCCUAUUGAUCGGGCCAUCAGGUGCUGGAAAGUCGGCAUUACUCAUGCGAUAUUGUGAUGAUGAAUUCGAUCCUGACACGGCCGCUGCGACGAUUGGUAUCGACUUCAAGGCGAUAAUCAAAAGACUUGCGGUCCGCGGCAAGCCAUAUCGGUUAACUCUGUUUGAUACGGCCGGACAAGAAAGAUUCCGAACCCUCUCAACCAGCUUCUACCGUGGUGCCCAUGGCGUUAUUCUUGUCUACGACAUCUCCAACAGAGCAAGUUUUAUAUCCAUGGAACGAUGGUUUGACGAAGCCAAAGCCAAUACCGUAGAGGACGUUGCUCUGUACCUGGUUGGAGCAAAACUUGACAAAGCAGCUCGCAGCCGGGAGGUCACAUCCGAGGAAGGCCUAGCACUAGCGGAACAACACGGCGCCAGCUUUUGCGAGGCAAGUUCCAAGACCAGUGAGAACGUCCGCCGCCCCUUUGUGGAAAUCGUAAACCAGAUCGUGCAGACGCCAGGUCUGCUCACCAACGCCACGGCAAAACGGCGAUCCGGGACGGUUGUAGUUGACAGCACCACCAACAACGGCUACUUCUCCCUUCCGACUUGUUCGUGCUAGCGGAACGCAUUUUCAUGUCUUCUGGCAGCCAACCCACAGCCUGGCUCGUCGGUGGCCGGAGUUGCUGCUCUGCUUAAACACACAGCACACAAGAAACGAGUUCUGAUACCCCCAGACUACAUGUUUAUGAUUGGCCACAAACGCAUAUUUUUGUUAGAGAUUUCCUUGAUUCGCAAGCUUAAGAGAAUGUUAGUUGCUUGUUCUUUCUAUCGUCUAAGGUCUAUGUCUCAUGAUGAUAUGUUUUCCUCAACCUUGUCAGGCAUUUUGAAAGCACUGGCUGGUAAACCGGUACUUGUGAACCAGAAGGAGACCAAGAAGCAAUGCUUUACCGUCGUCAACCGCCACUCGAGAACAAAUGGAUGCUCGGGUCAUGUCCUGUGUGGGGAUAAUCCAUAGCCUCCACGAAUACCUCUAAUACAACACUCUCACCUCCGUGUCAACAACAGGAGAGUUUUUGUUU